CCGGCACAACGUACAUCUUCGAUUCAACAUCGUCAGCAAUUUACUUUGAGUAUCCACAGUCGAUGAGACCGUCAACGAAUCGCGAUGAGAUUGCUAUUGGCUUUCGAACUCGUCAGGCGACUGCUGUUUUGCUAAGCGUGCAUUGCAAUGUAGACGGCGACUUUUUCACCAUUUUUCUGAAAAAUGGUCACUUGCAUGUUCGGUUCAAUCUCGGAUCCCGGGAUCAUGACAUUGGUUUUCUGGAUGCGCUGCUCAAUGAUGAUGUCCAUCACGCGGUUUAUGCACAAAGGAGGGAAGCUAACUUAACGCUUUACAUUGACAAUCGCGAACCGAUACGUUAUACACCUCCUAGUAAUGAUUCUGUGUUUAAGUUACAUUUGCGAUUUCGCGGAGAAAUGGAACUUGUAACGCUGAAUAUGCAGUGGCGAGUGACUGUCGGAGCAUCAUUCAAUUUGCUGCAUCGAGCCAGGCGGCGCAAACGUGAACGUGUUUAUGACACUUAUAAUGGUUUCAUUUCGGGAGUCAAUUUCAAUGGCCUGAUGAUACUGGACAUGCUAGCUCAAGAUAAUGCACUGUUACGAAUGGCGUGGUAAUU